AUGUGGCAAACGGCCCUGCUCGCGCUGCUGCAGUUCGGUGUCUUCCGCGCCGCCUCCGCUGCAAGCGUGCACGACGGCCCCAUUUUCGCCUUUGUCGCCUUCGACAAGGUGGGCUCGACGUCGCUUCGACAGAUCCUGCGGACCCGUGAGAAGCUGCACAACCACUCGGGAGUUCUGGACGAUCACGCGGCAUGGGACACUGACCGCGAGGACGGAAUUGCCCAUCCCAUCUGCGAUCCAAUCGUGGACCAGUUCAAGGGCGGCUGCCAGGACGUGGACAACUACGCCUCUGUCAACAUUGGUGCCCACGACGUGCGAGGCUUCCACUUUUGCGAGAGGCAGCGGCGCCCGUGCAGGUACUUUACGCUGCUCCGCCACCCGAUCGAGCGCCUCCGGUCGGCGCACUCCUAUUUUUGCGAGGGUUGCAAGGAAGGCGGCCGCCAGUGCGUCGGCGGGCGCGAUGUGCAGCAGUGGGGAGGGGCGCUCACGUGCCCAAACAUGAGCCUCGCGGCGUACGCGCGGGCCAUCGGGCCGGUGUACACGCGCACCUUUGCACACAAGGCGGAGGGCGAGCCUCUCGAGGGGCCGCUUGAGGCUGCCGUCCUCGAGAUCGUCGAUUUGACCGGACUCGGCCGCUCGAAGGUGCGGGAUAUUGUGCGGCGGCAGACUCCGACCCGCGAGGCGGCGUAUCGCGCGCUCGACCAAUACUACGAGGGGUCCGGGCCCUUCCGCGGUGUGGCGGAGCUUGAGGGGGGGGCUACUUUGGCGCAGACGCCGGUGGAGGCUGCAGAUGCGUGGCUCCAGGGAAUUUGCACGCUGCUGAUUGAGCCGGGGGAUAGUGGCAGCCCGACGCUCAUUGCUCAGCUGGCGAGGUGGAUGGGGGACCGGCUCUUCGAGGAGAAGAUGGCGCAUCGGCUCACGCACAAGAACGUCCACGAGCACGGCUCUGGGACGAGAGCGGCGGAUGCACAGGUGGCGGCGGAGCUCAGCCAGGACAUCGAGCUGUACCGUCGCGUGAAGGAGCGGUUUGACCGAGGGGAGUCGUGCACGAGCUAUAGGGUACCCCUAGGAUUCUGA